GAUUUCACGAAUUCCCUUUCAAUUGAUCUCACCACAGCAAUCUACCCUUGUCAGACAACCUGUUUGCCGUUUCUCUGUCAAUCUUCGAAUAUUACAAUGGCUCUUCGCAACAUCAAGAACCUUAUGCCUCUCUUGGACCGUGUCCUUGUCCAGAGGAUAAAGGCUGAGACUAAGACCGCUUCCGGCAUCUUCCUUCCCGAGAGCUCCGUCAAGGAACUCAACGAAGCCCGUGUUUUGGCCGUCGGUCCCGGUGCCAUUGACAAGCAGGGAAAUAGAAUUACUAUGAGCGUUGCUGCUGGCGACAAAGUUUUGAUUCCCCAGUACGGUGGAAGCCCCGUGAAGGUCGGCGACGAAGAGUUCACAUUGUUCCGCGACCAUGAACUUUUGGCCAAGAUCAAAGAGUAAGCGUGUCCCGAGCUUUGAGCUCUACGUAACCCAUGGCCUCCCAGGCCAAAUUCCCGUUGGUUCCUCGUGUUAUCUAGCGAUUUCAACCUGUACAUUAUGUAAUAAUAUUUUGAGCGGGGAAAACAAACGAUCAAAGAGUGAAGAUAUGGAAUGAGAUUCAGUCAUAGAGCUCAGAUGUGGAAAUGUGGAUGAGAUCAAACAGCAUUUAGGAGUACUGGAGGUUCAUUCUGGGAAUUGUCAAGUCAGGCGUUUCUCGCAGGAGGUUCGAUGCCGAAUUGAGAUCCCGUUUCAAUCAGCCUUUUUCGAAUCUCUUUCGUCAGAUACAAAAAGAUAUUUGGUGUUUGGAAAAGCAAUCUUAAGCACAUCUCUCCUCUUUUA